CCCGAGGACGCGCCGGAGGACGGCGCGGCGCGGACCCUGCCCAGCUUCAGGCAGCUCUCCCGGGCUCUGCCCUUCGCACGGAGCCACGGCCGCCUCGGCAUCAGCGCCAGCGGGCGCCUCACCGUGCCGGUGCUGUGCUCCCAGGAGGACGCGGACCCGCAGAAAACAGCGUUCGCGCUGCGCAAAGCCUGGACGCUGUACAGCGUGACCCCCCUGCACCGCUUCCGCCGCUCCCGCCUCAGCGAAUACGCGCGGCUGCUGAGCGCCUUCAUCGCCGCCGAGAGGCAGAAGGGGCUGGCGGUGGAGGUGGGCGUCGAGCUGGACAUCAAGGUGGCCCUGUCCAGCCUUGCCGAGCUCCGCGGCAGCGAGCUGGACCAGGCUGCCCUCCUGGUGCAGCUCUCUUCAAGGUCACGAGCUUCAUCCAGGAAGUCUGAAGACAAGCUGGUGUGGUCGGGCUGGUUCUGCUCCGUGUUUGGAGACGACCUUUCCGAGGACGUGCCGGAGAACUUCACCUGCCUGCCCCUGUUCCUGACCCACGGGGCUGAGAGCUACACGGCCUUGGUUGGAAGCUGGUUCCAGAAGACUUUUGACUGCUGCUUCCGCCGCCUGGCCAUCAGCCCCCUGAACCUCAGCUGGAUGGUGGCCAUGUGGGCUGGCUACAAGCUGGAGAGAGCUGCCUCUGCUGUGGAACUCGUCUUCUCCAUGCCCUGCCUGUCCCAGCCCCUGGAUAUUUCAUACGCCAUCCACCCAGAGGAUGCCAAAGCUUUGUGGGACACGGUGCAAAAAACACCAGGAGAGAUCACCCAGGGGGAGGUGGAUGUCUUCAUGGACUGCCUUUAUGCCCACUUCCACAGGCACUUCAAGAUCCACUUGUCAGCUGCAAAGCUGGUGAAGGUUUCCACAGGGAUUGCCUCAGCACACUGUGAUGGGAUUGUGAAGAUUCUCCACAGCCAAUACCUGCCUGGAGUGCUGAUGCUACUGACUGAACUCGCAAUCUCUCAGAUACAGUGAGAGCCAUUUCAGUAGCUCUUCCUACUAAAAAGGCUUUCUGUCUGGACAAUCUGUGCUGAGGAACCACCAGGAAACUCACUCCUGCAGCAUCUUCUUUCCUCUCACUCUGGCUGUCCAAAGUUGGACUGUAACUCCAGCACUUGGCUGUGUAACUCCAUGCCGUGCACAGCAAAGUCAAGCAGACAUUUGGCCCUGAAGAAGGGCUGCAGUGCAAACUUGUGACAGCUUCCUGAGCAGCUUUGUUUUCUCAGUGUCACUCAUUUCAUUUAUGUGCAGGUAUCAGCUCAGACAAACAGUGCAAAUUCUUGAUGCAACUCACUGACAGGUAUUUCUGUUGUUUCAAAGUUGGUUUUCACUGGACAGCCUAAGCUACAACUUGGCCUUGCCUAAACUGCGUCUACUCUUAGACUAGUCUAAAUGCAAAGUUUAGCACACUUGAGAAUGGGUGCAUGCUCUACAUUCCAGGGCAGAAAAAUCCAGGUUUCUAACUCCCCUUUUAGCUUGUUAAGGGUAUUUGGUAAUGAUGAUAGUGUUUAUUUAUGUUCCAGUGGGCAUGAGAUUGGACACAAGGUCCUCUCAGGCAAGUUCAUAGAUAGGAAAGUGAGGUGUGGAUAAGCUUGACAGUUACUAGGCUUUGUCCUGUUGUUUGUAAUCUUGUAAUCCUGUGGCCCAGGGUUAGAGCUGUGUGCUGUAUAUUUGAUGUUGGAUCCCUCCCUUCUGGAGCAAGUAAGAGUUCAGAGGGACAGCUAAGGAGCAGAAAGUAGCACCUGCUAAGACAUCUUGUAAUACAGUACUAAAUAAAGAAAAUAUUUCCCAUCUUUUGUCUUAAGGAAAGACCACCUAUGUCUAACUAAAUGCAUCCUUGCAUGGGGCUCAUUUCCAACUACAGCUUACCUGACCAAACCACCAUUUGUUACUUAUUAAAUGCUUCUGUGAGCAGCAAAAUUCAAAGUCUAGUUUCUUGCUUCACACUCGUGCAGCAUCUCUAGGACCUGAUUUGUGCCAUAACCUUCUCCUAAACAGGGAUGCAAGUUUCCUUUUCCCAAUAUAAAACUACCUACUAUGACAUAACUGCAUGCCUAGUUCCUAACCUAUUUCCAGAAUUAAACAAAGAAACACACACUUGCUUUCAGAUUCUUUACUAGUUGAAGAUGGAUUAUUUUUGCAUGUUAAGGUUGAAGUCUGUGGUAACUCUUAACCUGAUAGAAGCAGCUAACUUAUCUUCUGAAGGUCUUGGCAGCUCAGCAGCUACUUUAACUAUCACUUGUGAUGCUUUAGCUUCCUUUUUUGAAAUAUCUCAAAGUUUGCUAUCUAGAGUCAGGAGAGCACUGGACAAAGGAGUGCAAGGUCUGGAAAUAACUGGCACCUGUAUUUGGUUUGAAAAUAGGACUGUUGUAUCCAGGACUAAGUUUUAAAUUAAAUCCUCAGCUCUUUCCAACAAAUUUGCAUAAAUCAUCUCUAAAAUUCUUAUAUCAUCUCUAAAUUCUUACAGCCUCUUUUAACCUCUUCCUUAUGUUGUCCUCAUUGAUAAAUGAAGUUAAGUGAGCAGAGAUAAGAUUUACCCAUAGUACAGAUGCUUCCUUCCAGAAAAAGCUGGUUCUGAGUGAUGUGAAGGGUAACAAGAAACAGCAGAGUUUUAAGCCUCUUUUA